UUCAUCAUCAAACAACUCUACACAAACACAAACAACCUUCUUGUUCAAUCAUCCCCUUCAUCACUCUACCAAGCUAUGGGUAACCGUAUCCGUCCCGCAACCGAAGCCGAUCUUCCAGCCCUGAAGGACAUCGUCCUCAGCGGUCUUGUCAACGACUCCAUCUGGCACUACUGCUUCCCCGACCCUACAUCAUCAGUGGCCGGAGACUACGUUGAGAGCAUCCUCAAGAAGUGCCUCGAUCCCCAAAACUCCAACUGGCUCAUCUCUGUUGUCGAUGCCCCCAAGACGCACAAGCCUGUGGCUGUAGCCGUCUGGCAGGAGCUCCACGAGAAUGACAGCGAGGAAAACAACGUCCACAAUCAGAUCCACCGAGUCCUCGAUGCUCCCAGCACCGCGAGUGACAAGGUGGCGAAGCGCAUUGCGGCGCUACAGGCGGUCGUGACACAGACUCAGCAGACGUACCUUGCCCGGUACGGUCAGCUAAUGUUUGUGCAUGCCGUCAUCACGCAUCCCCACUACAAGCUCCGGGGCUUCGCCAAGCUCCUGUGCAAGCAGAGCCUGCAGGUGGCGCGUCAAAAGGGCCUCGUCGCGACGGCCCUGGCCAGCCCCUUCAGCGGCUACGUCUUCUACUCGGGCACCAGCUUCUCCAACUGCGGGCGCACCGUGGUCGAGCAGGCUGAGGGCGAGCUCGAAAAGAUUGAGCUCCAGAUCAUGGUGUGCGCGCCGCCCCGGAUGCCCGACUCCCGGCGCAGCUCGUUUAUGGGGUUCCUGGGGUCUAAGGCGCCCACCCCCGACAGGAAGGAGUCACACGAUCAGGGGACCGAGCACAGGCGGAGCUCGUUCCUUGACGUGUUUAGUUUUGGUGGGAGGAGACCUAGCAGCGACAAUCACAUCGAGACUGUCGACGAGCGACGCAGCUCACACCACAUUUAG